CGGAGCGUGGGUGUCCCACCGUGACCUAACCACCCAACCGACAGUAUUGCAAUAAUUGCAGUGUGCCUGCUGAGUGCUGUUGCUGAAUGCGUCGAAUGCGAGUAUAUCGGUCAUUUUCAACACCAGAAGUUCAAGUGGCGGUAGUGACGGUAAUCAGUCUAAUAUCAGAAAGGUUGAAAUUUUUAAACAACAAUAUCAGUAGCAGAAGCAGCAAACAAUGAAUAAUGUGGCAAAUUGUAUUACACCAAAAACAACUAGUGAAAUGGAAAAUCAAGUUCAACAACAACCCAUGCCUUUGCAAGAUGUACCAUUACUAUCAACAUGUCCCAAACCAGUUGUUGAAACUCAAAUAUUGACAAUCUCGGUUACUCAAACUUAUCCAGUUAACGAUGUUAAGAAUGAGCAAAUAGAGCUUGAAGAAAAAUCAAUUAGCAAGAAAUCAGAUACAAAAUUUCCCAUCAAACAAAAAAUUAAGAAGAAAGAAUGGAAAAAGCACCUGAAUGCUCAAAUGCGUCGUUUAGUAUCCCCCAAAACUCCAUUAAUGAUCUUUUCUGAGUUGUUUAAAGAUGUGCCUAUUCAAUUACAAGAGCACAAACAUAAUAAUAAUGUGUUGGGUUACACUGCUACAAUUGAGAUUGAUGGUCAUAAGUAUACUGCAAAUCACACUUCCAAGACUCAAGCUAAACAAAAGGCAUGUGAAAAUUUGUUGCGCAUUAUGUUGGCCAAAAAAAUAAGUGAGCAAUCUGAAAAGAAAAAAAAAUCUUCCAUGAAAACAGAGAUGGAAGGUGGAGAAAUUGGUAUGAUUUCUAAACCUAAAAGAUACCCACAGGAGGAUUUCCCAUGGCCACAUUUCGCUUCAUUAGCUAUGCAUAACUUAUUUCUUCAAUGGAAACUGCAGCCUGCUUCAAAAGCUAUUAAUUUACAAGAACAAUUUAAUGCCAUAAAAUCGUCAUCAAUGCCAAAGAUAGGUGCUAUGAAAAAGUUUCCUGACAAUCCAAGUAACUACAAUCCAAUACAGCUAAUAAAUCAUAUGAAGCCCGGUAUGAAAUUAAUCGAAAUUAUUCAUUUUUCAAAAAGGCCAUCAAUUUUUCGAGUGAAAUAUGAAAUAGACAAUUUUCUAUUUUUUGGACUAGGGUCAACAAAAAAAGCAGCUAAGAAGGAAUGUUGUAUUUCAGCAAUCAAAUAUUUUUGGAAAUUUGAUUUCCAUGCUAAAGAAGAUUGUUCACUCACUAAUAAAUAA